AUGCCCCCAAACACAAAACUUCCUCCUUCUUCGCCCAUCUCGCACAAAAUCGUCGUGGGUACCCUUGCAACUCUCAUUGGAGCCUAUGCUUUCUGGCAGGUUGGUAAGGAUUUCCAGUUUGUCAAGUUCGAGCCUAGACUGCCUGAGGAGAUUGAAAAACGCCGGAAAGAGGGCACCGGAUUGGAGAUUCGUUCUUUGGAGACCAGAAGCUUGGAGUAUACAGAUGAAGCCAAGGCUCGGUUGAAACGGAAGUUUGAGGAGGGCGAGAAGAAAUACCAGCAGAACAUCAUUUCAGGAACCAAGAGAUCGAAGUUCUUCGAGGCAUUCAAGCGCAUCAAGGCAUCCAAGUCUGUUAGGCAAUCAUUUUGUGAACUUCUGCCCAAAGCAUUGUCAAAAAGCCAUCGUUCUCAUUGGAUUAUCGUUGACCUUACUGGAACUUGA